AUGAAUUCAUCAUUUUGGUCUUAUUCAAUACCACCAUUUUAUCCAUCAACAGCAACAACAACUACUCCAUCAAACUUUUACUCAUGUCCAUAUAUUUCAUCACCGUAUAAUCCAAAUAUGAUAAUGAAUUCAUCCAUACAGACGAGUUUAAAUUCAUCAUCUGGAUAUGAAAGUGCGACGAAUGAGACAAGUUUUGUUGAUCCAUGUUGUUCAAGUUCAUCAUGUGUUAUGAAGGAAUCAAAUUCAAAUAUCAUGUACCAAGAAUCCGAAAAUAUGAAUGAUGAAGACACUGAAAGUAGUAUGUCGUCAACAAUGAAUGAGAAGAAUUAUAUUGGUCGAAAAAAACGUCGUGUACUUUCACGCCCACAACGGCAAGAAGCAAAUCGUCGUGAACGUCAUCGUAUGGAAAUUAUUAAUCAAGCUUAUGAGGAAUUAAGAAAUGUACUUCCGUAUAAAAAAGGUCGAAAACGGCAAAAAAUGUCUCGUAUGGAUACAGUUGAUGGUGCUAUUCGAUAUAUUCAUUCACUUCUUGAAACACUUCAUGGACCAAAUUAUAACCCUGAUUGGGCCAAAGAAUAA